AGUUCUGAGUGAGGCACCAGCAUUAAGUUAAUCUGAUUUAAAGAUUUCAGUUGUAACAGAUGCUUUUGAAGGAUUUACUGAGUUGGGAGGCUGUAGAAAUAAAAUAAAACAAAACCAAUAGCUCGGCUUUCCUGCUUUUUUUUUUUUUUUUAGUUUGACAAUCAAGAGGGUCAUUUCUAGGAAAUUGGAACUGAAAAUAACUUUUGGUCUCACAGAAGUUAAUGCUUCCACUCCGGUUUUUUUUUUUUUUUUUCAAAGUCUACAUUUGUGUUAACACUACUUUCAUUUUUGGAAUUUCCCUUGCUCCAGAUUCCUGGGAAAACUGCAGCUGGCAUAAAUAUGACCAACAAAGCAUCUUGGACAGGCGAGGUGGACCUGGAGCUUGGGGACUUGAUUGAGAUCUUCCGGAGGGGAUACCAACACUGGGCAGUCUACGUGGGUUUGGGCAACGUUGUCCAUCUGGCUCCACCAAGUGAAUAUGCAGGAGCUGGCGCUGCCAGCUUCAAGUCGCUCUGGGCCGACGCAGCAAUGGUGAAGAAGGAACAGCUGUCCAACGUGGUAGGGACAGAUCGUUACCGUGUGAGCAACAAGCAUGACUCCAGAUACACCGUCCGGACCGCAGAUCAGAUUAUCUCUCUCGCAAACGAUCUGGAGGGCAAAAUAGUGGAAUAUAAAAUCACCAGCCAGAACUGUGAGCAUUUUUCCAACUGCCUGCGCUACGAUGUGUCUCGGAGUGACCAAGUCCGGUAUGUGACCCGGUUAGGAAUGGCAGCAGCUUUGCUCCUGCUGCUCGCUUGAAGAUCUAGCAAGGAGGACUUUAACCUGGCUUCAAGGAACAGUCGCUGAGAAUCAACUCUCUGCAAUAUUUUUGUUUGCCUUCUUCCUCUUUGCUUCUCUCUCUCUCUCUCUCUCCAUCUUCUCUUUCUUUUUCUUGAGAUACGAGUUUGUCAAAAGAAAAAUCUAUGCUUGGUGCAGCAGUGGUGGGCUCCACUUAUCUUCGCUACCGGUUCGCUUUCGGAAGCGCACUGUGCUUUGUAUGCGGCCAUUGCAUCCAUGCACCCGCAAAACCUUCUUAGCAUGUGCAAAGCAUUUUUGAUGACAUCUGGGCGGAUGGGUGGAGCCUCCCGCUGCUGCUGCUACUGGUUCGCCCGAAUCGAGGCGAACCGGUAGCAACCUACCACUGGCUUAGUGCUUCUCUCCUCUCCAGUUCCUUUCUUUCUUUUUUUUAAAGUUUUUAUUUUUAAAAAAAUAUAAAAAUUCCAUCUUCCCUUAAACAGUGUGUGCAAUAACCAUCAAAAUGUACCACAUCAUUCAUUACAUUGAUAUCAAUUUUCUAAUCUUACAAUUGUUUCAAUCGCAACACCCAAAUAAAAAUUCACCAUCCGAUGUAAAUAAGUGCCC